GCGGCUGUGUCAUGGUGGGGCGGGGCCGUGCUCCUGAUCUAUGGGCACUGGAGGAAAUGAGGCAGUGACAGAAAGCAUGGAACGUCCUGGCAGGUCAGCGCUAGAGGAGCCCAGUAUACACAGCGGAGCGCAGGAGCAGCCGUACGAGUGUGCAGAGCCAUGGAGAGGCGGGGGAGUGGUGCUGGUGUCAGACACACACACAUACAAUGUACAGAGCACGGCUCAGACCCAGGCACCAACAGAUCAGAACAACCGUCCAACACAGAUCAGGAAAGACGACUAUGAAAAAAUGGGGACUCUGUUUGGUGAAAUCAAUAAAGUCCUUUUGGAAACUGGCUUUUCUCGGAUGCAUUUUGGUGAAAGGACUGUGGAACCCGUUCUCUUAAUAUUUUUUGGAGUAAUGCUUUGGUUCCUUGGCAUACAAGCUCUUGGACUGGUGUCUCUUCUAUGCAUUGUUAUUAUACAUAUACAGUAGAGUGACACGUGGCUUUGUGUCAAUGGCUGAUUUUAUGUGACAUUAUAUUUAAAAUGUACUUUAUCUCAAAGAUUAUGGCACAAGCAAUAUUUUUUAAUUUUAAAAAGUUGUCCGUUACCUAUUGUUCCAUAGUUUUCAUUGCACUAUUUAAAAAAUAAAUAAAUAUGAAGGUUUGGAUUUUA